AUUGGAUAGUAGAACGCUGAGAAUAGGGAUGCUGCGGGGGUUAGGUUUCCAGCGCACCAUCUUUAUGUGGCCCUCUCUCCGAUCUGCUCGACCGCUCAAGAAGCAAGAAUGUUGUCUUAAGUUUUAUGGACUACUAUGUGUGGGGCAAGAUUCAAGUAAUUUCAUUGGAGACAGGGGUGGAGGAAUCUAUUAUGAGCAAUUAAGACCAAUAAGGUUUUCUUCAAGAGAGGAAAUUCACCAUUGUCUUCCCGUUUUCAGAAAUAACUUCGUUGCUAGUCGUAGGCUUUUCUCAUAGAUAGAUGAGAAAAGUUGUUAUGAAAAUGUUCGCAAAGACACUUCUAUGGAAGAAAAUCUUAUUUCAUCUAAGGUGAAUGAGGCUACUGAUGAGGACUUUGAGGAGGAUGAAGUGGUGGAAUUGGUUUUAGAACCUGGAUUUCUAGAUGAGGAUUUGUCCGAUUCUAAGGAAGAUCUAAGCGCUCUGGAGCCUUUGAAGGAAAAAGCUUCUUUAGAAUUGUUGAGAACCUUGGUGGAGAUUCCAACCCACUUGAUCUCCAGUGCUCUUCAUAACUUUUUUAAAGAUGGGGGAGAUUUGAGCAAAGAAGAGGCUUCUAAGAUCAUAUCUUCUCUCCGGAAGCGUCGAAUGUAUGGAAGAGCAUUGCAGUUUUCAGACCUGUUGGGCACUUUUAAGCAUUUUGAACUUAGCGAAUAUGAUUAUGCUUCUCGUAUUGGUUUGAUUGCCAAAGUCCAAGGACUUGAUGCAGCUGAAAAGUACCUGAAUGAAGUUCCAGACUCUUUGCGAGGUAAUUUAUUGUACAAAACCCUUUUAGCUCACUGUGUCUGUGCUAUCAAAACACAAAAAGCAGAGGCAGUUUUUCUGAAAAUGAGGGGGCUAGGUUUGCCCAUUAUGAUUGCAAUCAAAUGA